ACAGUGUUAAAAUGCACAUAAAUCAACCUUCAAACCAGAUCAAAUUGACCAAUGUAUCUAUUGUCCGCCUCAAAAAGGGCGGUAAACGCUUCGAGAUUGCGUGCUACAAGAACAAGGUCCAGGAGUGGAGAACGGGAGUGGAAACCGACCUCGACGACGUCCUCCAAAUCAGCAAUGUCUUUGUCAACGUGUCAAAAGGAGAGGUAGCAAGAAGUCAGGAUCUCCAAAAGGCCUUUGGUAAAUCAGAUGUGCAGGCUAUCAUCAAGGAGAUUCUCAAGAAAGGCGAACUGCAAGUCGGCGAGAAGGAAAGAGACCACGAUCUCUCUUCGGUUCGGAAGGAAAUUGCAACCCUCGUCGCAGAGAAGUCCGUUGAUCCCGCAACCCAACGUCCAUACCCGGUCGGAAUUAUUGAGAAAGCAAUGACAGAGGCUGGGUUUAGUGUCAAACCUGGAAAGACAGCGAAGAGCCAAGUCACCGAAUGCAUAAAGCUUCUGCAAUCCGACUCGAGUCUCCCGAUUCAACGAGCGCGAAUGAGGAUCAAGGUUUCUAUGCCACUGGAAGAUAGCGAGAAGCUCAAGGAGAGGAUCCUGCAAUCCGCAGAGACUGUAGAACACGAAGCGAGCGCGGAUGAAUGGGAGAUUACUAUCCUCAUAGAUCCCAGCCAAUUCAGAGUGAUCAACGAGCUUUUGCAAAAGGAAUGCAAAGGCAGAGGACGCCUGGAAACACUUACUUUCGCCGCAACCGCAAGUGGUUAAACAACAGCGCCGAACGAAACGGAAUUCGACUUGUAGCCUUACAUUGUUUCUCAGGUUCCACUUGUGUAAUAUAGUACAUUGUCAACUUCUAUGCUUCACAAGUUGACAUCGUUCAAGAUAAGCGGUCUCAUGGUCUGCGCCC